UUUAAUUAUUAUUAUCAUAUACCAUAGGCUCGUGGAUGGUAUUGGCUGAUUCUUUUGUUCUGUUGUAAAAGUUAAAAUGAAUAUGAGUAUGCUAGGUCGCUCUAAGAAACUGGUAUCAUCGCUAUUUAACAGUAGUGUUUUACUGGAGCAAACGGGUGUUUUUAGAAGAGUCUAUUUGAUCCCCAAAGCUCGUGACAGUCUGUGUUUGCCUCGACUUUUGACAUCAAGUUUAUCCUCAUGUCCGCUCUGGCAUCAUGUAUCCGCCCGUCACUUGGACACAAAACGGUUUUAUUCAGAGAUGUGUAGUGAAAGCAGUGAUGCCAAGAGAAGCACUGGCGGGUUUCAAGAGAUAUCGCAUGAGAUGGUCUGUGAUAGCAGGUCCCCGAGUCAAAGAUCCUCUGAGACGUUCACUCUGGAUGUGCUGGUGUCUUUACUGCGUCAGGAAAACGCAGUGGACAUCUGUGUGAUUAAAGUACCAGAGCAGAUCAAAUACACAGAGAACUUCAUUGUUGUCAGUGGUGUAUCACCGAGACACCUCCGCGCAAUGGCCCUUUAUGCCAUCAAAGUGUAUAAGUUUCUAAAGACAGAUGGCGCUCGAAAUGUCAAGAUCCAAGGAAAGGAUGCAGAGGACUGGAUGUGUAUUGACUUCGGGAAUAUGGUAGUUCACUUCAUGCUUCCAGAGACCCGAGAAGUGUACGAGCUAGAGAAACUCUGGACUCUCCGCAUGUAUGAUGAGCAGCUGAUGAGAAUGCCUGUGGAGAAACUACCAGAAGACUUCAUAUAUGAUAUUGAAGUAACUAAAUGACAAAUCAUCUGUGAACAGACUUUUACUGCUUUGUCACUUUGGAUGCAUCAUGUCCUAUCCCUGUGAGUAGAGCUAAAAGUAGUUUUUUGUCACUUAAAUGAUA